UUUAAUUAAAUAGUACGUAAGCGUCAAUUAAAUAAAGCUCAGAAUUUUCAGCUUUAUCACUGCUCUUUAUCUAGAUGGCGCUUUGAUCGAAAUUAUACAGUGUGAUCGAAUUCGACGCUCGAAGCUGGCGUCAAGCGUCAUCGUGAAAUCGCACCUUAAAGCAAAUUUUUUUUAUGAUAAUUAUGUUCUAAAUGUCAUGGUAUACUGUUGUUUAUAUUAUUAUUUCAUGAAAUUGAAUGUUUUAUUUAAAUGUAAUAUUUAAUCUUUUUAUUAUAAAUAUUAGACAGUGAAGUGACUGCUCAACAAUAUAUUGUUGACAAACUAUAGUGUUGAUAAACAAAAGUGUGUAAAAUAAACUAUUUUAAUAUUGUGAAAAUAUUAUUUGAAAAUAUAGAAUAUAAAAAAAAAAUCAUUGUGUUUGAAAAAUAAAAUACCGAAUACUUUUUGUAAUGUCUUACAAAUCUAUUGAUAAUGUUGGAAGUAGGCAACUACGGAAUAGGUUACGUCGUCUACGUGAAUGUGUCAACGACGUUGACCAAGAUCAAAUUGCUGAGCACAUUGUAUGUAACAGAAACGAAGAAAUUAUAUUUCCAGCUGUAGAAGUAAAUCAUGACAAUAAUGAUGGCAUGAUACGUAGGGAAAAUAGAUCUCAUGAUGACAGCAGUUCAGGUGAUGACGAUAACUUCGAACCGAAUUUCAAUAAUGCUGAUGACAUUGUACAAAACAGAAACGAAGAAGUUAUAUUUCCAGCUCUAGAAAUGAAUCAUGACAAUAAUUAUAGAGUAUUAUUUCGACCUGAAGACAUGAGACCAAGGGAGAACGAGUUGAAUGGUGAUGACAAUUUAGGUGAAGAUGUUUUCGAACAGAAUUUCAAUAAUGAUGAUCACAAUGAUGUUGAAGAUGAUGAAUAUGAAAAUGAAAAUGAAGAUCCAGAAUAUGUGCACAACCGUAAUCAAGAGAACAACAACAAUAAUAUUAACCAAAAUCAACCUUUGUUUGAUGGCGCUCCAUUAACUGUUGGAGAUAGUAUGCUCGUUAUUUUAUCUCUUAUUUUGUUAUGCCACAAUUUAUCUAUGGCUUGUGUUGAAGAUGUUAUAAAAGCGAUAGAAUUGCAUUGUAUACCACACGGUUUAAAAAAAAAUAGCUUACAUAAAUUUAAAAAAUAUUUUCAACUUGAUGAAACUGAAAUAAUAAAACAUUAUUAUUGUAAAUUUUGCACCCGAGAACUUGUCAAUAAAAAUGAGGAAUGUCCAUCUUGUGUACAAAAAAAAAAACUCUUACUUCGUCCAGUUACCAAUUACAACUCAGCUAAAAGAAAUGUUUAGAAGACAUGAUUUUUAUGAAAAGCUUCAAUGGCGAUUGAGAAGACCAAAUCUUGUUCCUGGUACUAUCUCUGAUGUUUAUGAUGGAGAACUGUAUAAGGAAUGGAGCAACAAUGGUUUUUAUCGAAUCCUAAUAAUAUAUCAUUUAGUUGGUAUACUGAUGGUAUACCAGUAUACAAAUCGUCUCACAUAAGUUUAUGGCCUUUUUAUCUCACUAUCAAUGAGCUACCUUUCAACGAACGUAAAAAACGAGAGAAUACUUUGUUGUUAGGUUAUUGGUUUGAUGAUAAAAAACCAUAUAUGAACAACUUUAUUUAUAGAUUCCGAGAAGAGUUACACAGUAUAACUGAAGGAGUGCAAAUUUAUCUUCCUGACAACAAUGUAAUUGUUGUAAGAGGUGUCGUUCUGAUGGGUGUUUGUGAUCAGCCUGCCAAGAGUGAUUGCUUCAACUUUAUGCUUUAUAAUGCUGAUUUUGGUUGUACCUCUUGCUUAUCAAAAGGUCAAUCAUUGCGUACAGAUGCAGGUGGUACUGUCCACGUUUAUCCUCAUGAGCCUCAAGUACAAUUAAGGACAUCUCAACAAACAGUGACACACGGUAACCUCGCAACACCAGAUGAACCAGUCAUGGGAGUUAAAGGAAAUUCUGCUCUAUGUUUAAUUAUGCCAGAUUUUAUACGUGGUACAGCUAUUGACCGAAUGCACUGUUCAGAUGGUGGAGUGAUUAAAAAAAUUCUAAGUUUACUAUUUGAUGCUACGUAUAGUGAUAAUGUUUUUUCAUUGCGUGGUGUUAUAAAUCAAAUCGACAAUCGAUUAAUAGGUAUUAGGCCACCUAAGUUUAUACAUCGUUUGCCACGAACAAUAACUGAUUUAAAACAUUGGAAGGCAUCGGAAUUAAAAGUAUUUUGUUUUUAUUAUGCGAUUCCACUAUUUGAAGGAAUCAUGCAACUUGAUUACUUUCAAAAUUUUGUAAAACUAAUUAUAGGCUUAUACAUUUUAAGUUGCGAUAUUGUUACUGAUGAGAUGAUUGCAGUAGCUCGUGAUUUUUUGAAUAGUUUUGUACGUGAGUUUCAACAAUUAUAUGGAUUACGAUAUUGCUCCAUAAACAUUCACCUAUUAGUACACUUACCUGACUCAGUCAAAAACUUAGGACCUUUGUGGGCUCAUACUUGCUAUGAGUCCGAAGAUUUAAAUGGCCAAAUAUUGAAACUAUUUCAUAGUACUUGGCACAUCGAUACUCAACUAGCAAGAUCGCAAAGUCAAGUCUUAACCAUGAUAAGACUUAUUGAUCUUUCACGAAAUGAAAAAGUAAAAGAUUUUUGUUAUAAUAAAAAAAAUCAAGUAAAAAUUGUAGAUCAAAUAUCUGAUCACUGUUACACCGUUGGCAAUUAUAAAUAUCUUGAGCAUGAUGAUAUACCAUUAAUUAUAGUCCUGGCAAUGCACCAAAGUGGACUCUUAAUAAAUAAUGUAUAAUAAAACAAUACUUAAGACUUAUGAAAAACAAUAAGUUGUAUGUAUCUGAAAUGUAUAAUAACAAUUUGCAAACAAUCUCAUCAGUGGCUCAGUAUGUUGAAAAUAACAGACUCCAAUUUGCAUUUAUUUAUUGUUUCAUACAAUGGUCACAGUGUCUUUGUCGCCAAAAUGUUUGUCUUUGCAAUAAAUAUCAUUUUGCAAUUGUUAAAGAAAUUGUACCUACUGAUGUAUUCGUUGCAAAUGGCGAUCACUUUGUAUAUGACAGUAGAUCAUUUUUACUUACAUGCAGGGAUACUGAUAAUAUCAAAGCUAUUGCAGUUGAAUCACUGAUUACGCCAUGUUUUUAGAUAAAAAUUCAAGCUCAAAAUUAUAUUGCAGUUCCUAUAAAUACUAAAGAACGAGAGUAAAAAAAUAUUUAUGUGGAAUAAUCAAUAUUUUUGCUGGAAAAAGAUCGUUUUUUUUUUAUAUAAAAUACAAAAAUGUACGUAAUCGACAUAAAUAAUUGCUAAUGAACUAUUGAUUCUAGAAUUUAUGUGAUUGGCUAUAUAAUUGUUUAAAAAAAAAUAAAACACAAUUUUUAACUCAUUUAUAA